AAUCACACCUUUCAAUAAAUCCAAACCUCUCUCUUUUGCUCUCCCAUCAACCGCUUCCUUAAUUUCUGACUUUCUUCUUCAAUAACAUGACUUCUAAUGCCUCUGCUGCCACCCCUCUCAGAAGACUGGAAGGCAAGGUGGCGAUCAUCACCGGCGGUGCAAGCGGAAUCGGAGCUAGCGCAGUGCGAAUUUUCCAUGAAAAUGGAGCCAAAGUCAUCAUCGCCGAUAUCCAAGAUGAAGUCGGCCAAAAAAUUGCUGACCAACUCGGCGAAGGCGUAAGCUAUAUCCGUUGCGACGUGUCCAAGGAAGAAGACGUCAGCAAUCUAGUGGACGCUGCUGUCUGCCUGCACGGUAAGCUGGAUAUCAUGUACAGCAACGCCGGCGUCAUCGACCGUCCGUUUAGCGGAAUAUUGGACGUUACAAAAUUUGACUUGGACAAGGUAUUGGGAGUGAACGUGAUGGGGGCAUUUUGGGGGGCAAAGCAUGCAGCCAGGGUGAUGAUACCCGAGAAAAAAGGUUGCAUUUUGUUCACAACCAGUGUAGCCACCAACAUUGCAGGCCUCUCAACGCACCCAUACGCAUCCUCCAAAUGUGCAGUGCUGGGGUUGGUUAGGAACCUAGCGGCGGAACUUGGGCAGCACGGGAUUAGAGUCAACUGUGUGGCCCCUUUCGCCGUGGCCACUGGGAUUGCAGGGCCCAAAGACCCGAUGCAGGCAGAGAUGAUGGAGAACAUGGUCACCCGCUGGGCCAAUCUCAAGGGUUGCGUCCUCAAAGCCAAUGACAUAGCCACGGCUGCGCUCUACUUAGCUAGUGACGAGGCCAGCUAUGUGAGUGGACUCAAUCUUGUGGUCGAUGGAGGCUACAGUGUUGUCAAUCCUUCAAUGCUUAUGACCAUAAGCACGUGAUGCCUUUUAUUUAAUUUUCGAAUUUCAAAGUUUGAAGUUGGGUUGAUGAUUAAAAUAAUACCCACUUAAAUGAGGGUUGCUCCAACUAAGUUCAAAUUAAGUCCUACCUUCUUCGUGUUUUAUUUUGUCGUUGUACUAUGGAUGUUUAAAUAUUUGGGUGUCAAAUUUCAAGUAAA